AUAAUCAACAGCCACAAAGUGAUGAAACAUGUCCUCGAAUUUUCCCGAAUUGGAAAAAGGAUUUUAUCGUCAUUCUCUCGAUCCGGAGAUGAAAUGGCUUGCGAGGCCCACUGGUAAAUGCGACGGCAAAUUCUAUGAGAAGAAAGUACUUCUUUUGGUAAAUUGGUUCAAGUUCUCCAGCAAAAUUUACGAUCGGGAAUACUACGAGUAUGAAGUGAAAAUGACAAAGGAAGUAUUGAAUAGAAAACCAGGAAAACCUUUCCCAAAAAAGACAGAAAUUCCAAUUCCCGAUCGUGCAAAACUCUUCUGGCAACAUCUUCGGCAUGAGAAGAAGCAGACAGAUUUUAUUCUCGAAGACUAUGUUUUUGAUGAAAAGGACACUGUUUAUAGUGUUUGUCGACUGAACACUGUCACAUCAAAAAUGCUGGUUUCGGAGAAAGUAGUAAAAAAGGAUUCGGAGAAAAAAGAUGAAAAGGAUUUGGAGAAAAAAAUCUUAUACACAAUGAUACUUACCUAUCGUAAAAAAUUUCACCUGAACUUUAGUCGAGAAAAUCCGGAAAAAGACGAAGAAGCGAAUCGGAGUUACAAAUUCCUGAAGAAUGUUAUGACCCAGAAAGUUCGCUACGCGCCUUUUGUGAACGAGGAGAUUAAAGUACAAUUCGCGAAAAAUUUUGUGUACGAUAAUAAUUCAAUUCUGCGAGUUCCUGAAUCGUUUCACGAUCCAAACAGAUUCGAACAAUCAUUAGAAGUAGCACCAAGAAUCGAAGCAUGGUUUGGAAUUUACAUUGGAAUCAAAGAAUUGUUCGAUGGUGAACCUGUGCUCAAUUUUGCAAUUGUCGAUAAACUAUUCUACAAUGCACCGAAAAUGUCUCUUCUGGAUUAUCUUCUCCUAAUUGUCGACCCCCAGUCGUGUAACGAUGAUGUACGAAAAGAUCUUAAAACAAAACUGAUGGCGGGAAAAAUGACAAUCAGACAAGCCGCGCGGCCAAGAAUUCGACAAUUAUUGGAAAAUUUGAAGCUGAAAUGCGCAGAAGUUUGGGAUAACGAAAUGUCGAGAUUGACAGAACGACAUCUGACAUUUCUAGAUUUGUGCGAGGAAAACUCUCUUGUUUAUAAAGUCACUGGUAAAUCGGACAGAGGAAGAAAUGCAAAAAAGUACGAUACUACAUUGUUCAAAAUCUAUGAGGAAAACAAAAAGUUCAUUGAGUUUCCCCACCUACCACUAGUCAAAGUUAAAAGUGGAGCAAAAGAAUACGCUGUACCAAUGGAACAUCUUGAAGUUCAUGAGAAGCCACAAAGAUACAAGAAUCGAAUUGAUCUGGUGAUGCAAGACAAGUUUCUAAAGCGAGCUACACGAAAACCUCACGACUACAAAGAAAAUACCCUAAAAAUGCUGAAAGAAUUGGAUUUCUCUUCUGAAGAGCUAAAUUUUGUUGAAAGAUUUGGAUUAUGCUCCAAACUUCAGAUGAUCGAAUGUCCAGGAAAGGUUUUGAAAGAGCCAAUGCUUGUGAAUAGUGUAAAUGAACAAAUUAAAAUGACACCAGUGAUUCGUGGAUUUCAAGAAAAACAAUUGAAUGUGGUUCCCGAAAAAGAACUUUGCUGUGCUGUUUUUGUAGUCAACGAAACAGCGGGAAAUCCAUGCUUAGAAGAGAACGACGUUGUUAAGUUCUACACCGAACUAAUUGGUGGUUGCAAGUUCCGUGGAAUACGAAUUGGUGCCAAUGAAAACAGAGGAGCGCAAUCUAUUAUGUACGACGCGACGAAAAAUGAAUAUGCCUUCUACAAAAAUUGUACACUAAAUACCGGAAUCGGUAGAUUUGAAAUAGCCGCAACAGAAGCGAAGAAUAUGUUUGAACGUCUUCCCGAUAAAGAACAAAAAGUCUUAAUGUUCAUUAUCAUUUCCAAACGACAACUGAAUGCUUACGGUUUUGUGAAACAUUAUUGCGAUCACACCAUCGGUGUAGCUAAUCAGCAUAUUACUUCUGAAACAGUCACAAAAGCUUUGGCAUCACUAAGGCACGAGAAAGGAUCAAAACGAAUUUUCUAUCAAAUUGCAUUGAAAAUCAACGCGAAAUUAGGAGGUAUUAACCAGGAGCUUGACUGGUCAGAAAUUGCAGAAAUAUCACCAGAAGAAAAAGAAAGACGGAAAACAAUGCCAUUAACUAUGUAUGUUGGAAUUGAUGUAACUCAUCCAACCUCCUACAGUGGAAUUGAUUAUUCUAUAGCGGCUGUAGUAGCGAGUAUCAAUCCAGGUGGAACUAUCUAUCGAAAUAUGAUUGUGACUCAAGAAGAAUGUCGUCCCGGUGAGCGUGCAGUGGCUCAUGGACGGGAAAGAACAGAUAUUUUGGAAGCAAAGUUCGUGAAAUUGCUCAGAGAAUUCGCAGAAAACAACGACAAUCGAGCACCAGCGCAUAUUGUAGUCUAUCGAGACGGAGUUAGCGAUUCGGAGAUGCUACGUGUUAGUCAUGAUGAGCUUCGAUCUUUAAAAAGCGAAGUAAAACAAUUCAUGUCGGAACGGGAUGGAGAAGAUCCAGAGCCGAAGUACACGUUCAUUGUGAUUCAGAAAAGACACAAUACACGAUUGCUUCGAAGAAUGGAAAAAGAUAAGCCAGUGGUCAAUAAAGAUCUUACUCCUGCUGAAACAGAUGUCGCUGUUGCUGCUGUUAAACAAUGGGAGGAGGAUAUGAAAGAAAGCAAAGAAACUGGAAUUGUGAACCCAUCAUCCGGAACAACUGUGGAUAAACUUAUCGUUUCGAAAUACAAAUUCGAUUUUUUCUUGGCAUCUCAUCAUGGUGUCCUUGGUACAUCUCGUCCAGGACAUUACACUGUUAUGUAUGACGAUAAAGGAAUGAGCCAAGAUGAAGUCUAUAAAAUGACCUACGGACUUGCUUUUCUCUCUGCUAGAUGUCGAAAACCCAUCUCGUUGCCUGUUCCGGUUCAUUAUGCUCAUUUAUCAUGUGAAAAAGCGAAAGAGCUUUAUCGAACUUACAAGGAACAUUACAUCGGUGACUAUGCACAGCCACGGACUCGACACGAAAUGGAACAUUUUCUCCAAACUAACGUGAAGUACCCUGGAAUGUCGUUCGCAUAACAUUUUGCAAAAGUGUCGCCCGUUUCAAUCAAAUUUUUCAAUUGUAGAUAUUGUACUUACUUUUUUUUAAAGCCCGGUUUCAAAAAUUCAUUCCAUGACUAACGUUUUCAUAAAUUACUUGAAAUUU